UCUAGGAAGUCGCUCGGCUGUCUGCGAGAGGCGGGGUUCUCUCCGCACGCCGCGGAAUACAGCUGAGGGUGUAGACCCGAAACCUGGCGACUGGGGGAGCGGAGCGGGGAGGGGCGGGUCGGUCCCGUGGCUGCUGAUCUGGACGAGGGGCCUCCGACGCUGCAGCUGUCUGACCGACAGGUGGCCAUUCAUUCCGGUGCAGGAGCGGGAGCCCCUUCGGGGGCUCUUUUCGCGCCGUGCCCAAGCCCGAAGGAGCGCCGCCCUGCGCUUACCUUGGGCCGCUGCCCACUGUCUCCGAGCCGAGGGCGUCCCCCUUCUUCCACCCUGCGGCCCCGGCUUUUGCUGCCAUGGCAUUUCCCCAUCGGCUGGACGCCCCAGAGCUGCCUGACUUCUCCAUGCUCAAGAGACUGGCCCGAGACCAGCUCAUCUAUCUGCUGGAGCAGCUCCCAGGAAAAAAGGACUUGUUCAUUGAGGCGGAUCUCAUGAGCCCUUUGGAUCGUAUCGCCAAUGUCUCCAUCCUGAAGCAACACGAAGUAGACAAGCUGUACAAGGUGGAGAACAAGCCAGCCGUCAGCUCCAGUGAACAGCUGUGCUUCUUGGUCCGACCCCGCAUCAAGAACAUGCGAUACAUUGCCAGUCUCGUCAAUGCUGACAAAUCGGCUGGCCGAACUCGGAAAUACAAGGUGAUCUUCAGCCCUCAGAAGUUCCACGCGUGUGAGAUGGUGCUGGAGGAAGAGGGAGUGUACGGAGAUGUGAGCUGUGACGAAUGGGCCUUUUCUCUGCUGCCUCUUGACGUGGAUCUGUUGAGCAUGGAGCUCCCAGAAUUUUUCAGGGACUACUUCCUGGAAGGAGAUCAGCGUUGGAUCAACACCGUGGUGCAGGCCUUACACCUCCUCAGCACUCUGUACGGCCCCUUCCCUAACUGCUACGGAAUCGGCAGGUGUGCCAAGAUGUCAUAUGAAUUGUGGAGGACGCUGGAAGAGGAGGAAGAUGGCGAAACCAAGGGCCGAAGGCCAGAAAUUGGACACAUCUUCCUCCUGGACAGAGACGUGGACUUCGUGACGGCACUUUGCUCCCAGGUGGUUUACGAGGGCCUGGUCGAUGACACCUUCCGCAUCAAGUGUGGGAGCGUCGACUUUGGCCCAGAAGUCACGUCCUCUGACAGGAGCUUAAAGGUGCUGCUCAAUGCUGAGGACAAGGUGUUCCAUGAGAUUCGUAACGAGCACUUCUCCAAUGUCUUUGGCUUUUUGAGCCAGAAGGCCCGGAACUUGCAGGCUCAGUAUGACCGCCGGAGAGGCAUGGACAUCAAGCAGAUGAAGAACUUCGUGUCCCAGGAGCUCAAGGGACUAAAACAGGAGCACCGCCUGCUGAGUGUCCAUAUCGGGGCCUGUGAAUCCAUCAUGAAGAAGAAGACCAAGCAGGAUUUCCAGGAGCUCAUCAAGACGGAGCACGCGCUGCUAGAGGGCUUCAACAUCCGGGAGAGCACCAGCUACAUUGAAGAGCACAUAGACCGGCAGGUGUCGCCGAUCGAGAGCCUUCGCCUCCUGUGCCUUUUGUCCAUCACCGAGAACGGUCUGAUUCCCAAGGAUUACCGAUCUCUGAAAACACAGUAUCUGCAGAGCUACGGCCCCGAGCACCUGCUGACCUUCUCCAAUCUGCGGCGGGCAGGGCUCCUCACGGAGCAGGCCCCUGGGGACACCCUCACGGCCGUGGAGAGUAAAGUGAGCAAGCUGGUGACGGACAAGGCUGCAGGGAAGAUUACUGAUGCCUUCAGUUCUCUGGCCAAGAGGAGCAAUUUUCGUGCCAUCAGCAAGAAGCUGAAUUUGAUCCCACGUGUGGAUGGUGAGUAUGACCUGAAAGUGCCACGGGACAUGGCGUAUGUCUUCAGCGGCGCCUACGUGCCCCUCAGCUGCCGAAUCAUUGAGCAGGUGCUGGAGCGGCGGAGCUGGCAGGGUCUGGACGAGGUACUGCGGCUGCUCAACUGCAGCGACGUGGCAUUCACAGACAUGGCCAAGGAAGACAAGGCUUCGAGCGAGUGCCUGCGCCUCAUCUUGGUGGUGUUCCUGGGUGGCUGCACGUUCUCUGAGAUCUCAGCCCUCCGGUUCCUGGGCAGGGAGAAAGGGUACAGGUUCAUCUUCCUGACCACGGCGGUCACCAACAGUGCUCGCCUUAUGGAAGCCAUGAGCGAGGUGAAGGCCUGAGGCUCUCCCUGCUGGGGCUGCCGUCUGUCCGGACGCAUUUCCCGAAGGGCUGCAGGAAUUUGGUCCCAGCUGCUAACAGAGUGUCCACCAGCCACCCUACGCAGAGCUGGGGAGCACGGAACUUGUUUGGGAUUUAGCCAAAAGUUAUGUAAGGAGAGUGGUCACCUCCUGCCCCCGGGGUAUUUCUCUUUUUUGUUCAGGAAGUACAGCUCCUGCUGAAAAGACAGGAGGAGGAGGAGGGACCUUCUGCUAAAUCCUGUUUGAGGAUCAUUGUAAAUAAAGCCUCUGCUCCCAAA